AUGAGCAUGAAAAAUCGUGUGAAAGAUACUAUGAGCAGUGCCAGUAGGGACAUGAUCCCCAACGAUAUCGGAUUACUGCCAGGCACGUUUAUUAGGCCUCUCUGGAAAAAUAUGCCGUCAAUAUUCAAGGACCCAAAAAUGAGGUUACGAAUGGAGUGGACAUCGUUGAAAAUGAAAUUUACGAAUUUUAUCAGUUUAAUGUCGUACUGCAAAUUUAUAAAUAAAAAACUUCCCCUCCGAUUACGAGAACGCAAGAAGCAUGCUCUCGAACUGCACAAGCAGAUGUAUACCGCCUUCGCGAAAGGCGACACCUCUUCGCUCCAAAAAUUGUGUUGCCAAGGGAUAUACCAGACAUUUGCUGCUCGCAUCUCCCGCCGCCCACGAAACUCACCCCGUCUUGUCUGGACCCUCCACUCCUAUAAAAAAUUCCCCUUCGCCCGCACGCUUUCUGGAGCAAAAGUCAUAUCCGAUCGUGCUGCAUCUCUUCCCGAUGCAAAGGGAUUCGGUGUUCGUCAAACCAUUGUUAGAAUACAGAGCAAGCAAUCGCUUAUCACCCCAACCAGUGGAGAUGAACAAAAUCUUGAAGAGAUGAAAGAGAAAAUGAAAGACUGUACAGAAUACGUUGUGCUCCAGAGAUUUAUGAUUAACGGGGAGGAUGGGGACUGGAAAAUAUGGGGACUAGCGGAGGAGACAACCGUGGAAGAUAUGGAGCAGGACCCCAUGUUUGCAGCCGGCUUGACAAUGAAGGACCGGAUUGACAUGUUGACCAUGAGGAUGAAAGGGUAA